CACUGAGAGUCGGUGAGAUCAGCGCAGAGGAUCGGAGCCCAGAGAUGAAGCGGAGCUCGCUCCCCGGUUAGAGACGGGGCUCCGCCGCCCUGCCGAGCGCACCGACACGCGGAACCGCCUCAUCAUGCCCGGGACUGUGUGUGGAGUUUGACAUGAGUGAGACGGCGUUGCUGUUAUUACCAGGCGCGAGCUGUGCGGGAUGAGACGGUAGCGCAGCGCACACAGACGGACCCGCUAUGAGUUAUACCAUGAAUAUAUAAAAUGUCCGGAGAAACAUUGGAGCUAACCUACUGUUAUACUACGUGAAGGUAUGGCCUCACAAGUCUUGGUCUACCCACCACAUGUUUUUCAAACUCAGACAAGUGCCUUUUGCAGUGUGAAGAAACUCAAAGUCGAACCCAACAACUGUGUUUACCAUGAGAGGGCCUUCCCACUGACUUUUUUGAAUGGUAGAACCCUUGGCAUUGGACAGCCAACAAAAUUUGCACCUACGUACAAGACACGGGACUUUACAGGGGUCAGAAACCGUGGGGACUUUCCAGUGCGGACUGUCGCUGUACAAGGUGUACAACGACAACCAACCAGUGCAGCGUCACAUCACCAAGAAAGAGGUGUUGCGUUGCAGGGGAAAGCGCUGCAACAUCUGGAAAAAGGCAGGAGCAGCGGUGGAGCUACAGGGGCAUCUGGAGGGGUCAGGGGCGAGGAUACCGGGAGUAGUGGGGGCGAAGGAGUUGCCGGUGGCAGGGCCGACGAGGACAAGGAAGAAGACAGCUGUAGUUCUAACUUGGCGGAUGGUUCCCAGCGAUGUGGUUUGAAACGUAAGAGCGAGGAGCUAGAGAACCAGGGAAAGGCCAUGCAGAUAGUGGAAGACCUGUCAAUGUUGCCUGCAAUGUUGCAAACGAACGUGGGGAACCCACCCGUUGGAGUCCCGGCAGCUGUAGCAGCAGGCCCAGUGAAACAAGGGGGUGGAGCUGGCGGUGGAGAUGGUGACUACCAGCUGGUGCAACAUGAGGUGCUUUGUUCAAUGAAGAAUACCUAUGAGGUGCUGGACUUCCUUGGCCGUGGUACCUUUGGUCAGGUGGUCAAAUGCUGGAAACGAGGCACCGGCGAGGUGGUGGCGGUAAAGAUCUUGAAAAAUCACCCGUCCUACGCGCGGCAGGGCCAGAUUGAGGUCGGCAUCCUGGCUCGUCUGAGCGGAGAGAACGCGGACGAGCAUAACCUGGUGCGGGCUUUCGAGUGCUUCCAGCACCGUAACCAUACCUGCCUUGUGUUCGAGAUGCUUGAGCAGAACCUGUAUGAUUUCCUCAAGCAGAACAAAUUCAGCCCGCUGCCUUUGAAGGUGAUACGGCCCAUUCUUCAGCAGGUCGCUACCGCACUGAAGAAGCUGAAGGCCAUGGGUCUAAUCCAUGCCGACCUGAAGCCAGAGAAUAUUAUGCUUGUGGAUCCUGUCCGGCAGCCGUACCGGGUGAAAGUUAUAGACUUUGGUUCUGCCAGCCAUGUCUCCAAAGCUGUUUGUUCCACGUACCUACAGUCGCGGUACUACAGGGCGCCGGAGAUCAUCCUGGGCCUGCCGUUCUGUGAAGCCAUAGACAUGUGGUCAUUAGGCUGUGUGAUAGCGGAGCUGUUCCUGGGCUGGCCCCUGUACCCCGGGGCUCUGGAGUACGACCAGAUCCGCUACAUCUCCCAGACGCAGGGUUUACCUGCAGAGAACCUCCUCAACCUCGGCACCAAGACGUCUCGCUUCUUCUGCAGAGACUCCGACGCGCCAUACGCUGCGUGGAGACUGAAGUCCACAGAGGAACACGAGGCAGAAACUGGGAUGAAAUCGAAGGAAGCAAGAAAGUAUAUUUUCAGCUGUUUGGAUGAUAUUGUGCAUGUGAAUUUAGUGAUGAAUCUUGAAGGCAGCGACUUGAUGGCUGAGAAAGUGGAUCGUGGAGAGUUUGUGCUCUUGCUGAAGAAGAUGUUAUGGAUCGACGCAGAGAACAGAGUUGUCCCCGGUGAAGUCCUCAACCAUCCCUUCGUCACCAUGCAGCACCUGCUCGACUUUCCUCACAGCAAUCAUGUGAAAUCAUGUUUCCACAUUAUGGAUGUGUGCCGGCCGCGAGCCGGACCCUACGACACCAUCAACCGGAACAAAGCUUCAUUCACGAGACCGGCCACGACCUCGGCGCCCACCCUGACCGUGCCUUACGGCAAGAUGGCUGCCGUGCACGCGCAGCCUUUGGCUCCAUCUGCUCCCUCCGUCAUGCAUCCUGCGAUCCCGCUCCAAACAGGAAGUGCUCAGUUUGGGGACUCAUUUCAGCAAACGCUCAUCAUCUGCCCACCGACCCUGCAAGGUCUCCCCCCCAACCCCAACAAGCCCGCGGGUUACUCGGUGCGGAUGGAGAGCACGGUUCCGCUGGUGACCCAGGCUCCCACCAUCCAGCCUCUACAGAUCAGACCAGGCGUCAUCAGUCAGCAAGCCUGGUCUAAUCGGCCGCAGCAGAUCCUGGUACCAGCCUGGCAGCAGGUGACCCCGGUAACGUCGGAUUCUGUGGCAGGACCACAGAGGCUGGCAGAUUGGGGGAAAGUCCGGCCUCACGGGAACCACUACACCUCAAUCCUGCCGCACCCACAACCUCUGUUAGCCAAUCACAUGACAGCCUUGUCAGCCCACCAGCCAAUCAGCAUCGGGAUCGCUCAUGUGGUGUGGCCACAGCCUGCAGCCAACAAAAGAAACAAACCGUGCAUUAACAGGACUAAUUUCUCACACAACAGCAACACACAUAUCUCGGCGGCCCAUUCCCCGAAAACCACCGACGGUCGCAAACGCACAGAGGAAGUGCAGGAUCGGUGUCCUGAAACAGAAGAUUGCAUAGUUGAGGCGGAGUUACAGACGGAGUCACAGGAAGAGGAGGAGCCUGCGUGCUGUAAGGUGGAGGUAGAGGUGGAGGCGGAGUCGAACGGGCUGGGCGUGUCUGAGGAGCAAAGGCAGGCCGUGACAGCAGACACACCGAGUCCAGCGGGCAGCGUGAUCAGCAUCAGCAGUGAUGAUGAUGAGGAGGACGAAGAGGCGCCGGGAGCGCCGAGGCACUCAGUAGAGUGUAAAGGCAGUCCGGAGUGUGAGGCGUGUCGCAGUACACUGAAUAUGGAGCGUGUGUGUUCUCUCAGCAGUCCUGACUCCAGUCUCAGUACCAGCUCAUCAGCAUCAGUGCAGUCCAGCACCUCACCCUGCAAGAGACCCAACAGCAUGUCUGAGGAUGAGCAAGAGAGCGGCUGUGAUACGGUAGAUGGCUCUCCUGCAUCAGACUCCUCCGGUCGGGCAGACAGUCCGUUCCUGGAAAGCCGCUACAUCUCUGACGGGAAUCAGAACAACAAGAGCAGCGUGAGCGCAGAGACGGAGAUGAGCAAAGCGCCUGUACGGACCAUGGUGGUGCCGCCCAUGAGGGUGCAGAACAACAACAACGAGCCGCCAGCCAGGACGGUCCUAGAGCCAAUGUGCCAGUCAAAAGGUCGCAUCGGUGCCAUCAGACAGCCCCAUCAGUCCACGGCGCUCCUGGGCCGCCCGCAGAAACUCGUCCCACCAUCCCAGCAAUCGCAGCCACCACCGCCACCUUUCGGGCAGCUCCAGCAUCCCGCUUCAGCCCACACAGAAUGGAACGGCAACUACAGCCACCGGCGCCCUCAGGCUUUCAUCCCCCCCACGGUGCACGGCCACGCCUUUACCCUUCCUCAUGGCAGCCCCACCCACUCUACAGCUCAUCCCCCUGCCCCGCCCCUGGGCAUCGUCCACCCCCACGCACAGCCCGCCUUGCUCUCUUACCCGCCCUCGGCUCCUCUGGUGCCGACUGGCCCCAUUUCGCACCUCCUGCCGUCGCCUGGUACUACGCGGAGCCACGUGCUCCUUUCCCACCCGGCCAGGCACCUUGUGCACCAAGUGAGCGUGGGCAUCAGCGCCCGCCUCCUGCCCUCGCCCACGCUCCACCCUCAGGGCCAAUUCAAACCUCUUUUCCCGUCACACUCGUACAUCGCCUCUCCUGCCUACGCAGGCUUCCCCCUCAGCCCCACCAAACUCAGCCAGUACUCCUACAUCUAACGGCCACUCGGUGCAGGCAGCCCGUUUUCGCCCCGGUGUCUCAUGGGGUGUCUUACGGGAACCACGGAUCAUCUGGUUUUCAUGCCCAAAGCCAUGGCACAAACAAGAACGCAAGCUUUUUUUUUUUUUUUUCCUGAACCACAUCAACUCGGGUGCAAUUGAACUUUAAUCGAGCUUUAAAAAAAAUUAUUAAAUAAAAGAAUGUCUUGAAGGUAUUUCGCAAGUUGAUAAAGAGCGCAAAAGAGGAAAUGCAAGUAUGGAUGGGAAAAAAAAGACGAUGUGUUUUGCACAUUUUCUACAACUUCUUGUCAGAUUUUCAAUGAAGCACUCCUCCAAACAGGUGAAUAAAGAGGAGGUGCCGGGAUGAUUAAAGAAAAAAAAAAAUGUAUAUGUAAAGAAAAAAAAAUCAUGUAAUCGCACACCUCCUGUUGGAUCCCUCUCAAAUCUAUUUUUCUAUAUUGCCUUCUGAACAGUGUGAGACACAUCUUCGUUUGUAAAGCCACCCCAGUAUCCUGGUCAUGAUGCCUGACCUGCACACAUAAAGUCCACGUCGUGGUGUUCUGCCUUUUCAGAGUAUUUAUAAACCGGUGUGGUUUCAGUGUCGAGUCAUUUUAAUCGGAUUAGAAAACGUGGUCGUUCCUCACGCUGCAUGUCUUCUUGCAUGAGCUGCAAAACGUCGAUGUCGGAUCGGAGAGAUGCCAAUAGAUGUCGCUCUUAAAUGUUCGUAUCAUGACUCUCGCUGCAUUGUUUCAACGCGUCCUCAGCCAUAGUGCCUUAAAUAUUUGAGGUUGUUCAUGUUAUUACUACUACUACUAUUACUACUUCUAUAAAUCUAUAAUUAUAUAAAUAUAUCGAUGUAUCGGACUGCAGCACUUGAAAUUCAGAUCGGUCCGUGCAUUCUGCGUGUGUGUGUAUAUAUACGCACAGAGGUGUAUGCUUUCAUACCUGAUUUGGCAUGGAUGUCUCGCAUUGCACAAAAAAACAAAACAAAAAAAAAUUAUAAUUUUUUUGGAAUCUGAAUCGUAGUCUUUUCCUUUCAUUUAGUUUUUAGUUAGUUUCUCGAGGACGGCAUGCUUUUGCUGCAGCGAAACGCUUGCUGUUUGUUCUGUUCUUUUUCCCUUUAUUACUUUUGACGAAUGAACUAGUGUACAAAAAGCAAGCAUUAAAUACCGCUUAAUGUUUGAUAAUCAAUUUCUAUUAAGUGGGGGAAAAAAAAAGACAAAUAAAAAUUAUUACUAACAGUGUUUGUACUGUUUAACGAAACUGCAAUACAAUCGAAAUAGUCGUUGAUUCUCGGACGUCCGUGCGUUUUUAAUUUAAGUUUUUCUCCUUUUAGUUUGGAUUUUUGUAUCCUAGAUGUGUAGAACCGUGGUGGGCAUGGCUUUGACUAGAUGACGAAAUGCAAAUAGGUCUCUGAUUCAUGGUUCGGAUUCAUCUUAGCCUGACAGACCAUGCAGUAUUCGGAAUAUAAUCUAAUAUAUACGUAUGUACGGUAUAUCUACUAGAGCUAGUCUAUUUAGUGCUGAAGCUUGAUGAGGUGUGUGACUUUUAUCUUGUGCAAUCUUCUCAUUUAUGCAUGUGUGAAACUGCUUAACGUGUUUAAUUUCUAUAUUCUCGUAUAAUUCGUUUCGACGUUUCAGUACCGGUGUCGACUGCUUAUUUGAUACAUUCCGUCAGGGAGAUAAUACGUACGCUUUGUGCAGAUUUUAUUUACGUUUUUUGGUUUCGUUUGGGUUUGUUUUUCUUUUUUUUUGUCUUUUCUUUUUAAUAUAAAGUUGCUUGUGCAGCACCAAAGACUGUAAUCCGUAAAUUAAUUAUUUUCUUUCUUCUUCUUUUUUUUUCUAAAGCAAGGUAGCUACUCUCCCUGCAUAGACCUCAUGUAUACUGUAGUAACUCUAGUCCUGGGGUAAGUUUUAAGAAUAAACGGAAAUGUAUUUGAAAAAAAAAAGGCUUAGGGUUAGCGUUUUAGGUUUAGCUUUCUGAGCAAGUAAUAAGACGCAUCAUCUAUCUUGAAUGUAUCCUAGAUAAGCUGCUAUAUAAUUAUUGCCACUUCAGAUAGCUGUGAAAUUAGAUGUUUUCUUUUCUUUAGUUCAUAUCUGCGUUUGUAUUUUUUUGUUUGUUUGUUUUUGUAUAGUUUACUCUUAUAUCUGAGACAGACGUGUAUUUUGGUUGAAUAGUUUUGCUUUAAUGUUUGGAGUGUAACUGUAACUACUGUAAUGCUGUUGAUGGAGAUUAGUUCGAGGUUGUCGAUGCUCUUUUGGCUGGUGGUGUUUCGCAUCAGUAUUUUAGACUUUCAUUAACUGUUCCAGGUGUAACUUAAGAUUUUUUUUUUCUCUUUUUCUCUGUUUACUUUUUUUUGUUAUACGUUCAUCAGAGUGAUAGCUUGCAGAGUAAACAUUGUUUUAAUUUCACAAAAAUUCAAAGAACUGGUUUUAUGAAAUGUUCCAGUGAGCCAAAAUAUCAAGGACACAUUAUAACAUUAUAUCAUCUGUUUUUUUUUUUUCUUCUCUUUUUUCUUUUCUUCCACCUUACACCUAUUUUAUGCCCUUGUCUAAAUCUGCAGCCAAGACAUUUUGCUGGGGGAUUUUUAAUGAAAAUCCAGUAUUUUAUUCAACUUCAUAAACGACCUAUUUGAUACUUUUUUAUGAUUUUAACAAAAAGUAACACUUUCUAUAAAGCUGAUAUUGCUAUAGAUUUAUUGCUGUGCUUGAAAUUCCUAAUUUGGUAGCAUUAAAAUAUGUGAAAAAUGCCUGUAAAUGUAUAACGCCUUAUAUAACUAGCUCCAGUAUAAUAUGAUGAGUUUUAUAAUAAUGCCGUAUAAAGAGAGUCUGAGAGUUUAUUUAGAAAUAAGUAAAAAACCUUAAAGGUUAAAAAUCUUUUAAGUUCUAUCCUUUAUUUCUAACUUGCGUACAAAUUAACAAAUUUUAUUUAUUGUGAAUUUUUCCCGAAAUUGUAGACUGUUAAAGCUGAAGUAAGUAUAAAGCACACAUUACAUUCUCAAUAAGUAAAUAAAAUAAUAUGAUUCUAAAAAAUUAAAUAAAUAGUAAUAAAAAUGUUUUUAAAUGUCAAGAUGUCUAGAGAUGAUUCCAUUUCUUUCACCAAUUUUAUAUUUCAUUUUAUUUUCCCCACCUAAUUUUAUAGACAUUAGUUAGAUUUCUGUGUUAAAUACAAUCCAGAGAUGUAUUGAUUAUAUGAUUCUAGACUGUAUUAGGGCUUAAUAAUAAGAAUAAGCUCUCGUUAUAUUGCGUAAUAAUUAUUGGUUGAUUAUAAUAUUUUACGAGCACAGUUAAAUGUCGAGACGUCUAAAAGUAAACUCUGGACUCAGUAGCAUUUUCCCCCUUCAUCUAAUUUCUAGACGCCUAAGUUAUAUUUAUGUCUUAAAGUAAUUUACCCGAACGUAUUAGUCCUGCAAGUCUAGCACUAUUAGUUAAUUAGACUGACUUAUUACAAAUACAGUUAUAUUAAUUCAUAAAUAUGAGCUUUAUGUAGAAAGUGUUCCUAAAUUGUAUUCUCACAAUCAACGAUACGUCAAAUUCAAGAUUCAGUCAGUCAUGUGAUCGUGGCAUUGCUUACAGGAAAAGCUUCGUCUCUUCCUGGGGUUAAAGCUUAACACUUAAAAAAGAGAGUUAAGACUGUGUGUGUGUGUGUGUGUGUGUGUGUGCGUGCAUGCCUUUAUUUGUGAGAAAACGAGCUGCGCUGUAAAAACGGGCUGGACACGAGACACAGCGGUUCAACCUCACGUUCCAGGGAUCGAAAUACUAAAAUUAGAGCAUUUUAUUUAGGAAUAUGUUACAAUGUCACUCACAUCACUGCUGAUUUCAGUUUUUCUAGCCAAAAAACGUUUCUGUCAUAAAAAACAAAUAAAACGCAAACACAUCUGGAGUUGUAUUUCGAUCCCUGUGAAAUGGCCUUCACCAGCAAAUCCGUCUCCGUUAAUCUGAUAUUACUGCAAAAAUGACUACCUGUAUUUUCACACAUUUUUGCCCCUUUAAUCAACCUACUGAAAGAUUUUUUUUUUCAUGUACACAUCAUUGCUGUUUUUUUUUCCCUGUGUCCACUUUCUGACUGUACUUUUUUUCUCCUAAUCAGCCUUAUAUAAGACUGCAUUUGUAAUCACAAUUAUUAUUAUUAUUGUUAUUAUUAUUAUUAUCUUUUCACUUUAAUUCAGGGUGUUUGUACUAAUCUGCUGUUGCUACUGUACGACUGUAUUAUCACCUCUCAGUAUGAAGUCCUAAUGCGUAUGUUUCCUGGGUUUGAUUUACCCCCAGCUUACGGCGUGUUUGCAUAUUUGCCUCGUUAAUGAUGUAAUAGGAGCUGUUACUCACUGUUUAUCCUCGUGUCAGUUCUGUGGCUUUUGUUUGCUUAUUUUUAUUUAAAUUUCAUUUGAUGCUACACUAGUUUUGCCAUGUAGCAAUUGCACUGUGCAAUAUUUGAGCGUAUGAUGAUGAUGAUAGGGAAACGGGGGGGAACGCGUAACUCUCGGAUGUAACGUCUUUACGGUAUGCGAUAGUGUAUCCUCUCUAGUUCUCAGUGACUUGGAUGUGACCGGGCUUCGUCACAUUAAGCGGGUUUUCCAGGCGACUCUUUUUGGUGAGUGUCAUAAUAAAGAGUUUAUGGUGUAUUGUCAAGAUUCACUUUGAAUUAAAAAAAAAAUCUCUUGCUGCAGUCUCUUAUACACCUGUUUUUUUUUUUUUUGGUUCUUUUUGGUUCUUCAUUAAAAGUAAAUAGCAUACUGUUCAUUAUAGCUUGCUGUUUUAAGGUUAUAGGGUGCAGUGUAAAAGUUUGCAUACCCUUAGGAUUAUUACAGGUUUACAGCAAUAAGACACUUCCAUGUGUGUGAGAUUUCAUAAAUGUUCUGUUAGUACCAGAAACAGUCAAAAAUAUUAUUAAAAUGUUUUAAUGA